CAAGACGUGUCAUCUUGUUUUCGUUCAGAUAUCGUCAUGCAGCACCCUCGGGGCCAUGGCCUUGGGUCGAUUUUAACACCGACCUUCCACUCCGUGAGCGGUCAUUGCAUGAGGGCGAACAUAAAUGGCACGGAUACCCGCAAAAGCUCUUCGGCAACUGGACUUCAAUACCAGUGGAACGAAGCAAGAUGUUUAUCAAGUGUGCGGAAAGGGGACCGUGCGUCAUACAUGGCAUUGACGUAAUGGACAACGACGGGAAAUUCAAAACACUGUGCGCGCAACGACUGGACGACGUUGCAGAGGAAGAAAAUAAAUUCUGGUCAAAAUUACAUGAGAAGGUGGAGAACGUCCGUGUUCGGGCGUUGUUCGUGGAUAACCUGACUGUACCCGUUUUGAAGAUGUUGGGGACGAGGUUUAACAUUGAGCCAUUCUUCUUCUCAUCCUCCACAAACUGGAUUCCUUCGCGAUAUCGGGAAGAGGUUCGACAUGGAAAGGGGGAUCAUAUCACAGUUAUCCUUCCUUUCAUUCGAACCACGGAGAAGCCAAUUCACAGGGUUCCUUCGUCUUCUAGCUCAUCAGGCGCAAAAAGAAAGAACUCUAUAGACGUUCUGGCACCACUUCACCUGCACGGCGAACAUGUACUUCUCAUUGACCUCAUGGCAGUCCAUAUGAUCCGUGAGAGUAAUUCCUCCACAAUCAUAACGUAUCAUCCUUCGCUGCCUGGCCGCACGACCGCCGAGCGCUUGCAUCAGGUUAUGGAGCUCGCAGGUGGAAGUGUUUACUGGAAUAAAAUAUUCGAGGCAUCCAAAGAUCCAACUUUUUUCUUCCUGGCAAUUUUGUGGUACGCGCUGUAUGCGUGGGAUGAGGCAUUUGAAGUGUUGUAUUUGCGCAUCAAGGAGUUGGAGGCAAUCUUGAAUGAGUCCGACUUCACUCGUAUGGCCGAUCGGAACCACAGCCUCCACAGCCUUCAGGCUCACUUACUCCAUUACCAAACCCUCCUUCAUGAUUUUCAGAUAUCUGUCGAAUUCGUCAAGGACUCUCCUAACCCUGCAAUGGAGCCUAGCGAUAAUCAAAGCACUUCAAAGGAGUUUAUCGAUAAUCAAAACACUACAAAGGAGUUGAUGGAGCGAGAAUGCAAGAACCUUCUUUCUGAAAUCGACAGGUUAGAAAGGAAAUGUUUGAUGUUCAUUAGUCGAUUGAAGAAUGCUACGGACUUGGCAUUCGCGUCUAUCAAUAUCGAGGACAGUCGUCAGACACAGAGAUUAACAGAGGCAACCCUUCGAGACUCUGCGGUGAUGAAGCAGAUUUCAUACCUGACCAUGGUCUUCUUGCCCGCCAGUUUUACUGCUUCGGUCUUUGGGAUGAACGUGGUCGAAAUGAAUCCCGGUUCCCUAGAGACAGUCGCGCGCUAUGUCGAGGUGUCUUUCGUGCUGACUUUUGCCACGACGUGGGUUGUUAUCGCUUUACAACCAUACAGUACAAUCCACAAGUCUGAUGCGGGUAUCUGGCGGAGGGCUGUUUGGCCUGCAUUUUUUCUCUCCCAUAUAUUUAUGGCGUACUUCAGGAAGACCUCGUCGCAGGGCAAUAAUCCCUGCUUACAUCCCAUUCGGAGAGGACGUCGUUCUUCAACGUUGAGGUUCGACGACGAAGCAUGA